AUGGCGAGUUCCCAUCGCGUCACGCUGUUUGCACUGUUGGCCCUGGCCUUUUGCCGAACUUGUUUUGUCGGGCUCUCGCUGUCGCCGCUGUCGCCGCUGUCGCGCCGUGUGGCUUCGCUUCCCCGAGCUGCGGCGCCGGGGCCUCCCCUGACGCUCACGGAGGAGAACGUGGAGGUGGUUCUGCAGGAAGCGCGCUAUCAUCAUCUCCAGAAUUGUUUCGGCUAUGUUGAGGAGAGUUCGGGCGCAGGCAUCACCGGCAAGGUGGACCUGGUUGAGGUGGAAGGUCCCAUGGUUUUCAUCCACCUCUACGGUGCUUUCUGGCACAACCGCGCGGACGUCUUGAGGCGGGUGAAGAAAUACUUGAUGCAACGCAUCCCUGAGAUUGCGGAAGUGGAUGUCUCGGACCCCGAGGAUUUGAUCGAUGAAGGUCGAGAUCGAUCCGGGAAGUUUUACCACUGUGACUUGGACGCGCGCUGUUCACAGUCUGUUUGGGCCUCGGACACCCCCCGUCACCGAACCCCAGCCGCCAAGACCGCGAUUGAGCCUUUGGCCAACUUGGUUUGGCGAUCGGCGAGUGAGCGUAGGUCGGCGGCGGCCUUCCAAGCCAACCGCCGAGAGCCGGUCAGCGAGGUGCAGGCUGCUGAUCUGCUGAACCAAGCGCACUUGAUGAGUCUAAGUUCCAUUUCCCCACAGCAUUCGCAGCUGCAGCGCUCCAUGAUGGAGCCACUGGAUCACG